ACUGUACUCACAUUUCAACUCUAAGUAGCCCUGAUCUCACACAUAUAAACAAUAAUUACAUUUUCUUUGCUUAAGCAUCUGUCACCAUAUAUCAUUUUUUCUGUUACUUCUACUCUAAAUGAACUUUUAUCAAUGUAAAUAGCUACUUUUUCUUAAAUUGGCAAAAAAAUUCUGAUAAUACUCAAAACAUUUGUUAGAAAACACGUUCACCGUUUCAUACCGUCAUUCCAUCAAUUCUAGUGAAUAACAAGGACAAAAUAUAUCUAAACGUGUUUUUGGGAUAUGUUGAUUCAUUCGGAAUGGAUGUAAAUAAUCUAUAAAUACUGGUAUCAAAUGAUAUAUUUUAUAAACUUUGUUUUUGUACAUACUCAUUAAGGUAAUUUCAAAGUUUGGUUCAUCGCCGUGUAUGUUUUAGUGGAUAAUGAAAAUAUUCUACGAGCUUUUCAUUCUAUUGGAAUCGUCUUAUAAUGCUAGUUAAAUCUGCUUUGGUGUUCAUAUUAAUAUUAAGUGUCGUACUGACUUACGUGCUGUGGUUUACCAACACUAUUGAUGACUUAAUUCUAUCGAAUAUGGUACUCAUCAAUAAUACUAACGGUUUCGAUAUGUGGAAGGAUCCAAAUUGUAAAGUUCUGUAUAAAGUGCACAUCUUCAAUUAUACAAACAUUGAUGAUUACAGAAACAAAAAAGCAAAAAAAUUACAUGUGGAAGAUAUCGGACCCUACACGUAUGAAGAAAACCUAACAAGAAUCGAUGUAUCCUUUGGAGAAAAUAAUAAGUUGUCAUACAGAGAAAAGAGAAUACUCACUUUCAAGCCGGAUCUAUCAAAAGGACUUGAAAAUGAUUCUGUACAGGUUCCUAAUAUACCAUUAAUAAGUGCGGGACCGUUCAUCAAAGAUCAAAACUAUUUCAUUCGUCUAGCUUUAUCCUCUCUCCUGAGGGGAAUAAACGAAGAACCUUUUAUCACUAAAACAGUGGGUUCCUUCCUAACUGGCUAUAGAAGCAGUAUAACUGAUGUGGGUAAAACUUUCAUAUUACCCGACAUACCAGAAAAAACUGGUAUCUUAGUUACGAGGAUGGAUGCAACAAGAUAUAAACUGACUAUAAAUACUGGUGAGAAAGAUAUAAACAGACUUGGAAUAUUGGAAGAAUUCAAUGGUGAAAAUCAGUUCCAUUCUCCUUAUAAUCAUAAUUGUUCCAGUGUGGAGAGUUCAACGGGCUCAUUUUACCCAAUUAAUAGAGUGAAACUGAAAUUGCCUCUCAAUUAUAUAUUCCCAGAAGCGUGCAGAAGGAUGCCACUCGUUUUUUCAAAGGAAACGACUGUUUUGGACGGAGUGUUGGCUUAUCAGUACAUAUCUCCAAGCGAUAAACUGAAUUACUCUUCGAAUCAUACUGAAAACCUUUGUUAUUGCAAGUCAAAUCCAACGCAGUGCCCUCCAAAUGGUGUGGUCGAUAUAAGUAUGUGUAAUUUUGGUUCUCCUGUAUUUCUCUCUGCUCCACAUUUUCAUAGAGGUGAUCCUAGUUUAACGGAGAAAUUUGAAGGUUUGCAUCCCGAAAGAACAACGUACGACUCAAUUUUCAAUAUACAUCCCAGAUUGGGAUUUAUAAUGACCAUUAGAGAGCUAUAUCAACUUAAUAUACAAGUUCAAAAGUCUGAGGGUUUAUCUCAAUACGAUAUGUUCGAGGACGGUAUGAUAUUACCAAUCGUCUGGGCCGAAGCUAUCAUUGAUGAUGAAACAACAACUCCUGAAAUCAAGCGACUUAUACAUUUAUUAAGUUUCACUGUACCUUUGAUUGAACAAUUGCUGAAGUACGGAUGUCUCCUGUCAGUCAUUGUGUGCUUAGGCUGCUUCAUAGUUACCACGAUAAAAGAUAAUAGUUCAAAGAAGGCUCUCUCAUAUAGACUUAUGUUAAUUGGUAACAAAUAUACAAAAACUAAUUGUUAGUUUGAAAAAUAAAACAAUUUUAACUCAAAAGUAGCAAAGAUUUCCGAUUAUAAAGUAGCAUAACUUUCUGAUAAUAAUUUUCGUUGUGUUGACAUACACAUAGAAAUCAUUAUAACGCUUUUAUCUCCCGAAAUGAUAUCCAUUUUAUAGAAAAUUAAUAACGACACUAAUAUUUUACUCGCAAGUUCCCAAUAGAAUUACGCUCCUAAUCACAUAAAAUUGAAACGGCAUCAGUUAUAUUAUUCAUAAUGAAUUUAAUUGAACUCUCCAAUUUCUAAACAUUAAUUUUGUUAUUGUUGUUCAACUUUCACCUCAAGUAAGAUUUUCAUAUGCUGCUGACAACGAGUAUUUGAUUUGCACGUGCGCAGAUUUUCAAAAUGUUGAACAUGUUUCUAAUAAUAUCAAGUUUAUACUUUUGCUAUAUCCUCUUAUUUCAAGCGUUAAUUUGUAAUUUUCACAAGCCGUUCCAUUUUGAACCGAAUAAAGGAUUAAAAGUAAAAGGGUUGGGUGACUUCAUUUACAUAUAAGUGAUAAUUGUUGUGGUUCAUCUAUAAAUAGAGAUUAAUCCUCAUUCUAAAAAUAGUCCGAUAGGACUUUUUGGAAACUAUGAUUGAGUUAACCUGAUCAUGACUUAAUGUUCGGAAACUAACCCGAAUCACGUUCAUUAUUAUUCGGAUAUUGAUCAAGAUAAUCGGAUCGUAGUCAUUUGUGAUGAUCCUUUCUACCCUGGUAAACGGGUAGUUAAAUGUGAUCAGUUGAAGGGGUUGUUUCAUUUGUCUACGGUUUUUUGAGCUGAAGUUAUUUAUAUCACUUAAAUGGCUGUCUUCUAUUAAUUCUCAUGAACAACAUCAUUGAUAUGUUAUAAUUCUUCCAAUAUCAAUUGCAGAAGACAAUUACGCGAGGAAUAAUCAAUAUUUCAUAAAUACGCACGUCUCUCAUGCCAAAUUAAGUAAUGAAAAAGAAUAUUUACUUUCCGUUUAAAAUUCGGUGAACAUCUAACAAACCGUCAGUCCACGUGGACUGGUACCCUGUUUAAACCAAACGCCGUUACAGAUAGGUACAUUUUA